AUAAAUCGUAUAGCAAAAACCUCUGACGUCAGCACAUAUUGUGAUCGUGUGAUCAAUGGUCAACAAGACAAUGUUUACGUUAAAUAACUCAUAAAAAACAGCUCUUCACUACAUAUUUGAUAUUUAUUAUAUUAAAAGAAGAUAGUAAUUGAAACAUUGUAAUGGCUUCUAUAGCUGUAAUAGAUGCAGCUGUCGUAGAUCCAUCUCCUAUUGUUUCACAGCCGUUGACAGUACCAGAAAUUGACAUCGCCUACGAAUCAGAUGUAUCAGAAGAUCUCAACUCCAAUGCUUCACAUGUCAAAGAAGCUUUUACUAAGUCAGAAAAAGGAAAGCUUCUUAAACGCAGAGAGAGACAUUUUUCUCAAGCAUCUGACUCAGAAGAAGGGGAAAAUGAAGUAGAGCACAAAACAUCACGACUUGACUUCCUAGCUGGACCUUGUAAGGCUGCUGAACAUGCAGAGGAGUUUGUAAAGCGUGUAUGGGAAGCUGGAUGGAGGGUGGUAAACCAUCAUAGUCUACCAGAUUGGUUGCAAGAUAAUGACUUUUUACACAAAGGACAUAGAGUUCCAACAAAUUCAUUUAGAGAAUGUUUUAAAUCUAUAUUUAGGAUUCAUACAGAAACUGGAAAUAUAUGGUCCCAUUUGUUAGGUAUGAUAGCUUUCAUGGGGAUAGCCGGAUAUUUCUUAACUCGUCCAUCUGUAGAGAUCCAGUGGCAGGAAAAGGCUGUUUUCUCUGCAUUCUUUGCUGGUGCAAUUUUGUGUUUAGGAUUUUCAUGGCUGUUUCACACAGUGUUUAAUCAUUCAGAGAAAGUUGGCAAGCUGUUUAACAAGUUGGACUAUUGUGGAAUUGCCAUACUGACCAUGGGAUCAUUUGUACCUUGGCUGUACUACAGUUUUUACUGUCGUCUUGUACCGAAAAUUGCCUACUUGGUACUGAUCUUUGUUCUAGGAACUAUCUGUAUUGUUGUUUCUCUCUUUGAUAAGUUCAGGGAGCCACAAUUCAGAGGAAUAAGAGCAGGAAUGUUUAUAGCACUUGGAUUAAGUGGAGUGAUUCCAGCCUUACAUUUUGUUAUAUCUGAUGGGUUUGACCAAGCUGUGAACAAUGCCUCGCUAGGCUGGCUUUGUCUGAUGGCUGUACUGUAUAUUGUGGGGGCGCUCAUUUAUGCAUUCAGAGUGCCAGAAAGAAUAUAUCCAGGAAAAUUUGACAUUUGGUGUCAGAGUCAUCAGAUAUUUCAUAUGUUUGUUCUGGCUGCAGCGUUUGUUCAUUACCAUGGUAUAACACAGAUUGCUAGUUACCGUCUAACACUUGGAGAUUGUCUAGCUACAGAUAUUAGUAGUUAGAUAUAAGCAGAGGAUUGUAUAAUAAGGGGAAAUGUUAUACGAGAGUUUCUGACUGGUGUGAUACAGAUUCUAGUGUUUGUUCCUGGCCCUCCUUAGAUGAGUGGUUACACGAUGUUAUGUUUUAUUGUUUCCACUUAGAUUCAACACUGAGGACACAUAUCAUUAUUUAUUAUAUUGUACAGUUUAGUUGUUUUAUACUCUUCUAAACAUUAAUGUAGUGAAUAUGAAUACAUUAUGAAUAAUUUUACUGUAUUAAACAAGGAAAAGCUUAUUUUGAUUCAAUUUACUACA